AUGCGCAGACCAACUCCCUCCUUCUGGAGGUCCUGCGUGAGUAGGCGUUUCGGUGCCAAUUUUGUUGUGCCCCCUCUCCCUAGGGGGAGCCCCUCGGGGGGGCGGCUUGCUGUCCGCUGCUUUUCGACGGAGCAGCUCUGGAGAGGUGUGCGGUCUACGAGCUUCAGUAAGAACCUGGAUUUCAAAGACGGGUCAGAAAGCACCUUCCCCGUGUAUCGGGUUCUCAAUGCCGACGGAGAGCUGGAGCCAGGAGUUGAGCUUCCGUUCUCACUGGAGGACGGGGUCGAGAUGAUGCGAAUGAUGAUCAAGUCGAAGGUUUAUGAUGACGUGCUGAUGACAAUGCAACGACAGGGUCGGAUUAGCUUUUACUGCACGAACUAUGGAGAAGAAGCUACAAGUGUGGGCACAGCUGCGGCUCUGAAGCCUCAAGACAUGAUUUGGCCCCAAUAUCGAGAGCUUGGGGCCUUCUUGUGGAGAGGUUUGACAGCGCAAGAGAUCGCCGACCAGAACAUUGGCAACGAGGGGGAUCGGAGCAAGGGCCGGAACUUACAGGUGCACUAUUGCAUGCUGGAGAAGAACAUGCAGACAGUCCAUGCUGUUUUAGGUACUCAAAUCCCACAGGCCCCAGGAGCAGGGUAUGCAUACAAGCUGGACAAGGAGGAUCGAGUCUCUGUUACAUACUUCGGUGACGGUGCCGCCUCUGAGGGUGAUGCAUUUACUGGCCUGAACUUUGCUUCUGUGUAUGGUGCGCAGACACUGUUUAUCUGCCGCAACAACGGCUAUUCUAUUUCCACCGGAGUUGAAGACCAGUACAAGGGAGAUGGUAUCGCUGCCCGGGGGCCAGCGUUGGCAAUACCCACGGUGCGUGUUGACGGAAAUGACCUGGUUGCUGUGUACAUCGCGACCGAGGCAGCGCGGAAGAAAUCAGUGGAAGAGAAAACGCCAAUAUUGCUGGAGCUCAUGACCUACCGCGUAGGUGACCACACAACAUCUGAUGAUUCUUCAGCAUACCGGAAAGAGGAUAAAGAAGAGGUCAAAAAGUUGCAGGGCGUUGGCCCACUUCCACGUUGGAAGAAGUUUCUGGAAUCCAAGGGUCUAUGGGAUGACGAGAAGUCGAAAGAGGUCGAAGCAGCAGCGCGAGAUGAAAUGAUCCAGGCGAUGAAAGCAGGCGAAGCAAAAAAGAAACCACCGCUCCGCGAGUUGUUCACCGACGUCUUCAGUGAUUUGCCCUGGCACUUGGAAGAACAGGCAGCUUAUGCUGAGAAGCACUGCCGCGAGUACAGCAGCGAGUAUAACAUGAAUAGUGUCAGAGGCCUUGAUGGCCCUGCACCCGCCGUUGAUCCAAAGCGGACUGCCUCUGCCCCCAGGGUCCUACCUCCCGUUCCUCGGGGGGAAGUCAAGGAGACAACCAUGGUCCAGGCGAUUAACGAUGCAUUAUCCAUCGCUCUGAGCUCAGACAACAGGUCGGUCCUCUUUGGUGAAGAUGUGGCCUUCGGCGGUGUGUUCCGCGCCUCCGUUGGUCUGAGAGACAAGUUUGGAGAAGACCGAGUCCUAAACGCACCAGUGGCAGAACAAGCCAUUGCGGCCUUCGCUGUAGGUUUGUCCGUAGCAGGGUACAAGGCCAUCGCAGAGAUUCAGUUUGCCGACUACAUCUUCCCUGCCUUUGACCAGAUUGUCAAUGAAAUAGCGAAGUGCGGUACCGGUAUCGCAAUGCCGGCGGCGGUAGAGUCCUACUUUGCCCACUGUCCGGGCUUGAAGAUCGUGAUUCCCAGAGGGCCGAAGCAGGCCAAGGGGCUGCUGCUUGCGGCCAUUCGAGAUCCGGAUCCGGUCUUAUUCUUCGAGCCGAAGGUCCUGUACCGAGCACGGAUUCAAGGACCCGACGGCCAGGUGCCCGUCGAAGACUACGAGCUUCCCAUUGGGCAGGCCGAAAUCGUGCAAGAAGGAACUGAUGUGACUCUUCUUGGAUGGGGGUCGCAGAUUGGUCGGCUGCAGGCGGCGGCUGCUAAGGCAGCGGAAGAAGGCAUUUCCUGCGAGAUCAUCGACCUGCAGACGAUCAUUCCUUGGGAUGCAGAUACUGUGCAGGCCUCCGUUCAGAAGACCGGGCGGUUGAUAAUCGCCCAUGAGGCCCCCCAAACAAAUGGCUUCGGUGCAGAGAUUGCCGCCAAAAUCCAGGAGCGCUGCUUUCUUCACCUAGAAAGCCCAAUCCAGAGAGUAUGCGGUUUUGACACCCACUUCCCCUAUGCCUGGGAGGAAUUUUACGUACCUUCUGCUUCGAGGGUCCUGGCUGCCAUUAAGGCCGCCUUGAGCUGGCUCUAG